AUGACAAAGGCAAAACAACAGCAACAACAACAACCAAACCCCAAGCCAUCAGAAGGAAAAACAAAUCAGAGCGAUGGGAAAGAAAGAGAAAACAUGCUUCUGACAUGGACCCUCUUCUCAUUCCUCCUAAUGCACCAGCCUGGCUUCUCUGAGGCCCAAGACCUCCUCUAUCACCAACAUGACAGGCCCAAAACAAAGAUCUCUGCCAAGCACAAACAUUACUGUGACAUGAUGAUGAAGGUUCGAGGGCUGGCCACUGAUAAGAGCUGUAAGAAGACCAAGACCUUUGUCCACAGUGUGUCCCCCACCACGGGUGGCCUCUGUGAGGGUCCAGCUGUGAGGUGUGUGAAGAUGUCUGAGUUUUACAACUGCCACCUCAUCAUCUUCAAAGUCACUCAGUGUAAUCUCUACCCAGACGCUGUGCUCCCACGCUGUUACUAUGAAGGUGUUACCUUCUCGAGGGAUGUGAGUGUGGUCUGUGUGGGGAAACAUCCAAUUCAUUUGGAUGACUAG